UUCUACUCCUUUCAACAAAGGCGAGUGGCGGCGAGCUGUUUUGUUUUGAUGUUUGGCGCCAGAUCAAAAGUUGUUUGCUUCUCUGUAUUUAUCUCGCACCAAUUUAGCACGAGUUCUAGCAUCAUGGGAAUUCAAGGAUUGUCUAAACUCAUUGCCGAUGUGGCGCCCGGCGCUGUCAAGGAAAAUGAAAUGAAAAACUACUUUGGCCGUAAAGUUGCCAUUGAUGCAUCGAUGAGUUUAUACCAAUUUUUAAUUGCUGUCAGAAGUGAAGGUGCCCAACUUACAGAUGCUUCUGGUGAGACAACCAGCCACCUUAUGGGAACAUUUUAUCGAACAAUUCGACUUGUGGAAAAUGGUAUCAAACCAGUAUACGUUUUUGAUGGGAAACCACCAGAAAUGAAAUCAGGAGAGUUAAAUAAAAGAGCUGAAAGACGAGAGGAAGCUCAGAAGUCUUUACAGAAGGCUGAAGAGGCAGGUGAUGCUGAAAACAUCGACAAAUUUAACAGACGUCUUGUGAAAGUAACUAAACAACAUGGUGAGGACUGCAAAGAACUUCUAAAGCUAAUGGGUGUUCCAUACAUUGAUGCUCCUUGUGAAGCAGAAGCCCAAUGCGCAGCAAUGGCAAAAUCUGGCAAGGUGUAUGCAACAGCAACAGAGGAUAUGGAUGCCCUUACAUUUGGCUCUUCUGUCCUCUUACGUCACCUGACAUUUAGUGAAGCUAGGAAAAUGCCAAUUCAAGAAUUCCAUUUUGAUAAAGUGCUAGAAGAAUUAGAACUUACCCGUGAUGAGUUUAUUGAUCUCUGCAUUCUUCUUGGUUGUGAUUAUUGUGAUAGUAUUCGAGGUGUGGGUCCCAAGCGUGCCAUAGAGCUCAUUAAACAACACAGAAAUAUUGAAACAAUUCUUGAGAAGUUAGAUAAGAAUAAAUACCCUGUCCCUGAAAAUUGGCCUUACAAGGAAGCCCGAAGACUCUUUAUUGAACCUGAAGUUGCAGAUCCGGAGACGGUUGAUUUGAAGUGGUCUGAACCUGAUGAAGAGGGUCUUGUGAAGUAUCUGUGUGGUGACAAAAAUUUCAAUGAAGAGAGAGUUAGGAAUGGAGCCAAAAAACUUGCCAAAGCUCGAUCAGGCACAACCCAAGGUCGUCUAGAUGGUUUCUUUAAAGUUUUGCAAAGUCCAAAUGCUGGACCUAAGAAAAGAAAGUCUGAAGUAGACAGUAAAAAUACUCCCAAUAAAAGGGGAAAGAAAGGUGGCAGUUACAGAGGAAGACCAAAGUAAAGUAAAGUACGGUUUGAUUUUUUUAUUUCAUCACUGUUAAAACGGUCUCGCUGUUGAAUCAGCAACAGAAAUGCAUGUAUUUUCAUGUUUAGUUGAAAGGAAUGUUUUAUUUAUCA